AGUUGAGACAUGAGACAAGCUGAACUGCUGAAGAUUCGGCAGUGCACACCAUAUGAUCUUUUACCGUUUUUUGAUUAUUCUGACGUUUUAUUUAACAUCGUAGUCGGAGGUGCAGCGGCGCUGCUAAAUCGCUCCAGAACACGCAAGCGUGGAAGCGAGCCGGGGCGCUAGGCAUGCUCAGAAAGCGCGGGUUUAAAACUGCGCUGCCAUCAUCUGGCGAAUCUGCGCUCUCUACCAAACAAAACAGACAAACUUCUACUCUUCCGAACAAAUUGGGAUUUUUUAAACUCUGCUGUUUUGUGUUUCGAGAAAAACGUGGCUGAAUGACUUCAUCCAGGACAUCUGCCAGGCUACCAGCUGUUCAGAACAGACCGCGACGAGGUGGGAGGUUGGAUUCAAAAAUGCCUCCACCACUGGCUCCGCAUGGCAUGUGCCUAAAAAUCUUAAAUGAGCGUAACACCAAGGAUGGCAUGGGCUCGACAACAAAACCUUUGAAGUUCUUGGACCAGGACUAUAACACUUUAAAAGAUAACUGUCUCAAGAAGGACCUGAGAUUCAUUGAUGAGUUCUUCAAACCAGACCUUCGUUCCAUUGGCAAAGACCUGUUGAAUCAGCAUGAAAUGGCCAAAAUAGAAUGGAAAAGGCCAAUGUUAAUCUCGAAAAAUGCACAGUUUGUUGUCGACGGAUUGUCCAGAUUUGACUAUGCCCAAGGGGAAGUAGUGGGAAACUGCUGGUUUCUCGCUUCUGUUGGGGCUUUAACUUUUCAGAAAAACUUGCUUCUGAAUAUCAUUCCACAAGGACAGUCACUUUACAACAAUUAUGCUGGGAUAUUUCACUUCAGGUUUUGGAGGUUUGGAAGAUGGUAUGAUGUUGUGAUUGACGACAAACUGCCAACAAUCAACGGCAAACUCAUUUUUGUACAAGCAAAAACAAGUAAUGAAUUUUGGCCUGCCUUGCUGGAGAAAGCUUAUGCCAAGGUGUGUGGGUCUUAUGCUGACAUGCACGCUGGUCGGGUAUCUGAGGCCCUGUUGGACUUUUCUGGAGGGGUGCACAUGCAUUUUGACCUUAAAUCAGCUCCUGCAGACUUAUGGAGGAUGAUGUACCAUGCAAGCCAGGCACACGCCCUCAUGGGGUGCGAAACUGCAGGGGGUGGACGUGAAAUUCUAUUACAAAAUGGCAUAGUAAUGGGUCAUGCUUACACUGUGACAGGAGUGUAUCAGGCAACGUUUCAAGGACAUCCAGUCCAGCUGGUGCGACUGUUCAACCCAUGGGGACAGACGGAAUGGAAUGGAGACUGGAGUGACUACUCAAAUAUGUGGAAAGGAGCGAGUGAGAAAGACCGCAAAGUGAAUCAUGCAGCUGAAAAUGGGGAGUUCUGGAUGUCAAUGAAAGAUUUCACCACAUAUUUUGACAACAUGGAUAUUUGCUCUCGCUAUCCUGAUUUUCUGGAAGAUACCCCAAAGUGUCAGUGGACAUUUAAGUACCACUAUGGCAAUUGGGUAACCGGGUCUACAGCUGGUGGCGGCAUGAAUUAUCAAGAGACUUUCUGUAGAAAUCCCCAGUUUUGGCUGAGGGUAAAUAAAAGGAGUAAGGCAUCUGAAGAUGGCCACAACAAUGUACUGGUGUCCCUGAUACAGAUACCAGACAAAAGAAACAGACGCAGUGUUCCAGUCCAUUCUAUCGCCUUCAGUGUGUUUGAGGGGGACUCCGCUCCACCUGCCUCAGGCUUCGCUGGCCCUAGUCCACCUACAGGUCUACCUGGUAAGCGUGAGAUGAGGGCUUCAUGGAGAAUGCUUCCGGACUCCUCCUGCACAAAGCUUGCCACGCCGCCCACCGCUCCUUCGCAAUCGGCCAAAAAACCGAUGCUCCUGCCGGGCGUCCCAGCCGGUGCUCCAGCUGGCCUGUCUGCCAUGUCUAGCCCUUCCUGUCCUGCCCGUCCCACAUCUCCAUGCUCCAAGAAAAGUACCCUAGCCAUGUCAGUCCCUUUCGAUCCUGCCCCUCCCUCUCCUCCCCCCAUCCCACCAAUGCCUAGUAUUCCACCAGAGAUGAGAUCUGAAGGAAAGUUUGGAGCAAGCUUCUUCCUAAAGAGAAAGCCUGUGGAAAUCUGCGCGAAUGAGCAUGCAAGACAGGUGAUGAAAUUCUUUAGACUGGUGCCAGGACUGUAUCUCAUCGUACCAUACACUAAAAUCCCCAACCAGAAUGCUGAAUUCUUCAUGUCCAUUCUCAGCAAAAAUGAGAUCCACAUGGAAAAAGACACAGAAAGAACUGAGAAAGGCUUUCUUGUGGAUUUUACAAAGGUUCAUCACACUGAUCAUGUGGAUAAAGAAUCCAAAAAUAAAAAACAAAAUGUUGCACUGUUUCGACAAUAUUCUGAUCAGUACAAAGAUGUCGAUGCUUGGCAACUUCAACAACUCCUACACCAAAACCUAGGAGACAUAAACGUUUCUGAAGGAUUUGGUCUGGAUACUUGUAGAAGUUUGAUUGCCAUGUCAGAUUCUACUGUAGCUGGCAAACUUGAUGGAUCAGAAUUCAUGCGUCUGUGGAAUCGAAUUCUCAAAUACAAGGAAAUCUUCUUGAGAAUGGAUUCGUCAAAAGAUUGUGUUCUCUCUCUGAAUGAGCUGAGAAAUGCAUUAGAGAAAACAGGCAUGCAUUUAAAUGAAGACAUUCUGACUCUCAUGACUGUGCGAUACGGUGGUGCAUCAGAGCAGAUUACUCUUGAGGGCUUCAUAUGCCUUGUCAUGCGUUUGAAAUGUAUGGCUAGCAUAUUCCAGAGACUCUGUAAAGGUGGAAAGGUGACUCUUGACGAGAGUGAGUGGAUAAGACUUACCAUGUAUUCAUAAGGGCUGCUUGCCAAGAGAUUUACCAACAAAUGCUAAAUGCGACUUGCCAAUUCAAUACUGACAGCAUAAUUAAAAAGUCACAGUAAUAAACAACUCAUUAAAGAUCAACUUUCUUUCAAUGCUGUAUUGCAGUCAGUAAGUGUUAUAACUUUUACUUUUUAUUUAGCUACAGGAUACUGUGCAAAAGUAUUAUAGGCCUGUGGAGCUCUGGCUAUUGUCACACACGUAGUGCAUACCACAAUCUCACUGGAUUGCAACUGUUUAACUGAUAUUUACUACUGAUACACUUAAGCAAACGAUGUAAAUAUCUAGCAUAAAACCAUUUCAUUGGGCUGAAAAUACCAACAUUCCUAAGACUUUUGCACAGUACUGAAUUUGGGGUAAAAACUGUGAUAGACACACAAUAUACGUUUCUUCUUUGUUCUUUAGCCAGUUUAGUCAAGUAUUAACGUUAGUUUGUUUGUUAGUAUUAAAAAAGACACAUUCAUGCAGUAUUUUGACAAAUGCCUGAGCUGUUUUUCACAAUAUAACUGAAUGUAUGGCCGUUUAAACCUUACUUAUUUACUCAAAAACAAAUAACGGAUCACACAAAAAAAAUUUCGAUAUUUAAUUUGAUUCAAUUCAAAUAGUUAAAUAGCAUGAGGGUGAGCAAAUAUGACAGAAUUUGAGUGAACUGUUCAUAAUCUGUUGUAAAUGUUGAUUAUUGAUGUUGAAAUUUCCAACUUUGGUGGGUUGCUUGGGGGUGAUUUUCUUCAAUUUAUAUUCCUCUUCCUAUCUCUCAGAAUUACUUUGUGGAUCUGUACCCAACUGUUUGCAUUUUGUUUUUAGAUCAUGGUAAUGUUGGAAUGUCUAUCCUGGUGAGAUAUGAGUCCACUGUUCAUUGUUAUGAUACACAAUAUCUACUAAAUAAAUCCAUUCCAUAAUCGUCUAGGGGUUAUCUGUCCAACUCUCAGUCGUAAUACAAUACAACUUUCCCUAUGUGAUGUUAAAUAACGUGGGUGUCAUUCCUCUCCGAAAUGUGUGGAUCAAUACUUGUGUGUGUCAGCUAAAUUAAACCCCCAGAGAGAGGCCACCUGCAGUUGCCCAUCCCUGUGCAGUAAAACAACAACAAAAUGUAUUUAUAUAGCACAUUUAAGAAACAACAAUGCGUCACAGUGAAUAAAAUUAAAAUAAAACAAAUAAGACAAAUAAAAACAGAAAGAUAAAAAAUACCACUGUAGAAAUGGAUCAGGGAAUGUUAAAUGCCAAUAAAAUAGCUAAGUUUUAAAGACUGGGCAGAUCUGAUGUAAACGAAGGCUGUUCAAUAAUUUAGAGAUAACAAGGGAUUUCAAAGGCACGGUCCCACUAUUUUUAAGUCUAGAACUGGUUAGAUGUCAAGCAGGUCAGACUCCCUGGAUCUUGAGUGAGAGUGGAUGGAGUAAAUCAUGGAGAUACUGUGGGCCUUGGUUUCGUAAGGAUUUAUAAAAAUCUCAAAGGGGAAAACCCGUUGUUGGCGAGGAGCAAACAUAACAAACUCGGUCCCCUUUAGGACCCCACGUGAUUCUUUUACAGCUCAGAUUACAGGAGUUGUAGAAUCCUGACCGCUUCUGAAAUCUGGUUGCAUCACACACCGAAGAAUCUUGAUAGGUUCUCUUAUUUAAAAUCUUAACAAAAUAUUUGGCAUUGCCUUCACAUCACACAGUACAAAAUCAUUUUAAGAGGAGAAGUACCCAGACACGCGUAUCAUUUGAUUUUACCAGAAAGACGAUGUAAAUA